UAUAACUUUAGAAGAAGAAUCGAUUUUAGAGAGAAAAUAUGACUCUUUGGGUUUGACCAACAUACUUAGAUUGGAACAGAUUGUUUAGAAUGACGCCAGAGAAAUGGUUUAAUUCUGCAACCACCAAGACUUGUGAAAACUCGAAAUGUUGAUCAAAAUUGCCACGUAUUUGCAUAUGUUUUUGUUAUUAUUAAUUACAAAUUGCAAUUUAAUCUGGGCAACAUCCCCAAGUGUUCCUUGGUACGAAGAUUUACCUGCCGUUGCUAUGGAUUAUAAGGUUCACAUAGACCCUGGUAAAGAAGAUUGCUAUUUUCAAUAUGUUAACCCCGGAGCAACAUUUUAUGUUAGCUUUCAGGUCUUAAGAGGGGGCGAUGGUAUGGCUGGUUUUGCUGUUCGACAUCCCUCUGGCCAAAUAGUCCAUCCUUAUCAAUGGAAAGCUAACGGUGAAUAUCAAGAUCAAACCUCUGUAGGUGGUUAUUAUUCUGUUUGCAUUGAUAACCAAUUCUCGAGGUUUGCUGACAAACUUGUUAACCUUUACUUGACUGUAGUAAGAUAUGAUCUGUGGGACAAGUAUGCUAAAGAAAUUGAAGCCACCAAUAUGAAUAUGGAAAAUUUUACGACUACAAUAAGGACUGCAGAAAUGAAUAUAAACACAAUGCUUCAAUUUCUCCACCAUUCAAGAGGCUUGGAAAGUCGUGAUUAUAAUCUUUUAACUGCCAACAACUCGUAUGUGUUUAGGUGGUCAUUAAUACAAAUUUUAGUUAUUGUGGGAACCACAGCACUUCAAGUCUACUUUGUGAAAAAACUUUUUGACACAAAAUCUGGUUCCAGCAAAACAAGAAUUUAAUACCGUUUAUUGGUGCAUUAUUUUUGGAAAAUGUAAGUGAUCUGAAUAUGUUUUCGCGUUGACAACUUCUAACCGUUCAUUUGUAAAUGUUGCCAUUAAUUCAUAGUCCAUGUAAUUAUGUAAUUAAUUUUAUAAUUCUUUUUUUAAUUGGGCAGUCACAAUUUUACACAGGCAUCAGUAUAAUUUGCAUUUACCCAUUCAUAAUGGGAAGAAGCAUUUCUGUGAUCAAUAUUGUUGUGUGUGGAAAACUUUAAAACUUUUAUACAUUUUUUUCUUACAAAAAUCUAAUUAUUUUUUUUUGUACUGUUUUUUGUUAAUAUUGGAGAUCGUUUAUAUAUUUACUGGUGUACUACACGUAUUUUACUAAAAGUUUUUUAUUAAUUUGAAAUCGUGUAAAAUUAUUGUAUGCAUAUACAGGGUCUGAAAAUAAAACAUGACAGUCGUUAUUUUUGAAAAAUA